UGCUUCACUCGUUUUCUUCAUUCAUUUUCUCUUUUGUUUUCUUCUAUCAUUCUCUUUCACUUUUCCUGAAUUAUGGUUUAUUCAUUUCUCAUCAUACUCUUCUUGAAUUCAUUCUGAGAAAAAGUUCCAAUCUUUGCUUCUGGGUUUCUCAGAUUUUCAUCAGAUAAGUAGCAAAGUUUGAAGAAUUCUUACUGUAUAAGCCUUGAAAGGUUUGGUGGAAAUGAUUUGAAAAUGUGUGUGAAAUUGGAUUGGAGAUGGGAUGAGUUUAUUGGUUUGGUUUGAUUUUAUUCGAUUUUGUUGUUGUUGAAAAGAAAUGGAAGGGAAUUUAUCACAAGGAGGUAUAGUUCAAGGUGGUGGUGGUUCUUUUGGUGGUUUUGAUUUGCCGGGAUCGAUGCGGGUUCAUCGUCAAGGGCAACAUCCACAUACAAUGAACCAACAUCAAGCUCAUCCAUGUCAAGGGCCGGCGGUGCAUUCUUCGAUUAAUGAAGGUUUUCCUCUUACAAUGGGGACGUUGAAGAACUGUGAUCAGACGAUGUCGAUGAACGAGUUUAGUCAGGGAGAUAGAAACAAACACUCGGGAAGUGAGGAAGAUGAGCCGGAGGAAGGUGGUGAUGGUCAUCAUCAAGAAGGAAGUAGAGGGAAAAAGGGGUCGCCGUGGCAGCGUGUCAAGUGGACUGAUAAGAUGGUGAGGCUUUUGAUAACGGCGGUCUCUUAUAUUGGCGAGGACGGGAGUUCUGAAGGUGGUAGUGGUGGAAGGAGAAAAUUUGCAGUGUUGCAGAAAAAGGGUAAGUGGAAAUCUAUAUCUAAGGUUAUGGCUGAAAGAGGUUAUCGUGUUUCGCCUCAGCAAUGUGAGGAUAAGUUCAAUGAUCUUAAUAAAAGAUAUAAACGGCUUAACGAUAUGCUUGGAAGAGGAACUUCCUGUCAAGUUGUUGAAAAUCCGGCUUUGUUGGAUGUAAUCGAAUAUCUUAACGAGAAAGAAAAGGAUGAUGUUAGAAAAAUAUUGAACUCGAAACAUCUCUUCUAUGAAGAAAUGUGUUCUUACCAUAAUUGUAAUAGAUUGCAUUUGCCGCACGAUCCUGCAUUGCAGCGGUCCUUGCAAAUAGCUCUCCGAAAUAGAGAUGAUCAUGAUAACGACGAUGUGAGAAGGUCCUAUCAUGAUGAUCAUGACGAGGACGAUCAUGAUAUGGAAACGGACGAUCAUGAUGAGUUCGAAGAGAACUACGCUUCCCAUGGUGACAGUCGAGUAAUCUUUGGGGGAUUGGGGGGAACUCCGAAAAGACUAAGACAAGGCCAAGGCCAUGAAGAUGCCACUACUUUUGGGAAUUCUUUCAAUUGUCAGGAUUACCAUAAAAGUCCGUAUCCUCAUGGACAGAUGGUUCAACCGGAUGGAAAUCAUGCUUUACCGGAAAACAUGAAAGCAGCUUGGUUACAGAAGCAAUGGAUUGAAUCUCGCUCGGUUCAGUUAGAAGAACAGAAGUUACAGAUUCAGGUUGAGAUGAUGGAACUAGAGAAACAAAAAUUCAAGUGGGAGAGGUUUAGCAAGAAAAAAGACCGAGAGUUGGAGAAGUUCAAGCUGGAAAAUGACAGAAUGAAGAUUGAGAAUGAACGUAUUGCUUUAGAACUAAAGCGAAAGGAGAUUGGUGGCACCAGCUUUAACUAGGUUUUCUGUUUGCAUGCUUUUGUUAAUGGCAUUACAUGCACAAUAUAUAAUUUUCUAAUGUCUUUGGUAAUCUGUGGUAUAUUAAGUUGAAAGUAUACAGUUUUGAUGGGGAAACUGAUGAGGGCAUGGUUGUCCAUGACACAAGUGCUUCAAUUCAAGGGCUAGGAGGACCAAUGACAAGGGCGAGGACCAAGAAAGCUAAGGAGGCCCUAACUCAAUUGGUGGCAAAAGUCUUGGAGUCCAAACCGACACUAGAAAGCAUGGAGGAUAAAAUGGUCAUGUGCAUCAAACCAUUGGAGGAGGGGUGGGGCGCAUCUCUUGCUGCCCAUUUUAUUUAUUUGUUCUUGUUAUGUUGUAAUAAAAAGUGUAAGAGACCAAUUCUGGCCCAAAAACACUAAGUAUGGUUAUUUUGUGUGUUUAAUCCAUUUUAAAGCUUCCAAAGCUUUAAAUGGAAUGUUUUGUGUGUUUAUUUCGUGCAAAAAAGUGCUGAAAUCAAAAGAAAAACAAGGCAUUAAAGAGCAUUUAAUCUGAAGGAGGAAAUAAUGCAAGAAUUGAAGAGGAAAGAGACAAGACUUCAAUGAGACAAUGAAGGCAUUUCAUUUCAGCAUAUGAAACCACCAUCAUCAUCAAAAUCACGUCCAUCAUCAUGAUCAUCAAGACCAGCCACCCUCAUUCAUUGAUUUGUCUUGUAACUAUUUCUUGUAUUUAUGUUAAUUUACUUCAGCCAUAGGAAAUAAUGAUAGAUUAAUUUGGCUGAAGAAAUCUUAUUUGCAUUUUUUCUUUGCUCUUUAGGUUCUGGAUUGGACCUUGUAUUGAUCAUAUCAAGAAUCCUUUCUUGUGGUGAUCUUCAUUCUAUAGACUUAUCAUUUUCUAGGAUUAGAAAGUGUGGCGUCCCUAAACUCUCCAUUCCAUUUAUUGAAUGGUUGGCUGUACAAAUAAUCUUUCAUUUUGGAUUAUCAUGUUUCAAAUGUUAUCUGUUA